AUGGCCACACAGGUGUUGAUUGCCCAUACGGGCCAGCGCCUGGAAGUCGAUACCUCGCGUUUCUCAACGCUGGACGACUUGAAGGCCUGGGUCGCCCGCAAUAGCUCCGUUUCUUUGCAGCAUAUGGUCGCACUGACACCCCAAGGCCGAAGUGUCAAGUUUGCUAGCAUGCAUGCCGAGAAAGAGCUCUACAUUUACGAUAUCCGAGUCAGCCAACAGGCCGUAGCCGGGUCCUCGCCCGCCCUCGGCACCGAAACGCAACUGCCGCAACCCUAUGCGAUACCCAACGCCCCGAACUCGAUUGAUGACGCCGAGAACAUCGAAUCAUGGCAGGAGCUGUACAAGGCGCGCCGCUCCUGGGCCAUCCGGCUCGCCGAGGACUGUGGGCGGCUCGACACCACAGCCCGUGCGCGCUACGACGAACUGGAUGUCAUGGUCAAGUCCCUCGACGCUGCGCUGGCCAACCUCGAGAUUAGUGUCAAGCAGAUAGAGCCAAAGUAUGCCGAACUCAAGAAAUGGGUGGACCCGGCACUGCUCGAACAUGAUCGCCUGGCCGACUCAUUCGAGCAGUACCUCAAUCUCGCCCGGAACACGCCAGUCUCGCCCGCCAUGGUCAAAUUCAUGACCAACAGAGCGUCUGUCAAGAGUAAUCCGACGCUGGAGGACCUCAUCGAGCUGGAAACGGCGCGAAAGGCCGGCAAACUAGCGCCGACUGCGCGCCGCCGGUUCAGCGACAAGGCUACGGAUCUGGAAAAGGCAGCCAAGCAAAUGCAACAUGGUCUUGAAUCACUCAUUGCCGAAUUCGAGACACUCACCGGUCGAUCUGCACUCACUCACAGCGGUGAUACCGCACAACUGCUCGAAGAUAUUGAGGUUGUGGUGAAACAAAUAGACGCCGAUUAUCAUUCCGCUCUGACAUAUGGACCUUCGCAGCGGGACUUGGCUCAAGCAUCCAAAGUCGCAUCCAACCAUACCGAGCGAUUGGUUCCGAACCUCAGGAAGCGGGCAAAGGAAAUGGACGAGAUGCUUUACUACGCGACGUCAGCCAGAAACUCCAUUGCGACCGAAUCUAUGAGCUUCAUGAAGGCCAUCACUGAAAUCACUGCCCAGCACACGAGUGUACGCAAUCAGAUCAGUGUAUUGAAUUCUUCAGAGGAUGACAUGACGACAUUCGACUACCUGCGACUCAUCUAUCAGCUCCCGUACAUGUAUGCGUCCUUUGUCGUCGAGACUAUCCGUCGUCGAGAGUGGAUGGACAAGGUCAAACUGGACUCGUCCACGCUCGCCAACGAGAUGGCUCUGUUCCAGGAUGAAGAAGCCAAGAGACGGCGAAGAUGGCAGAAAAUGGUUGGCAGCACGUACGGACCUGAAUUAGAUACCAAUGUCAUGGGGCUUGAGGUCAACCUACUCGGAGAGGACGAGCCCUGGCCGUUACUCUCCAAAGACGAUCUCGACGACUUUAUCCAGCAUCUCAGAGCACAAGACACGGACGAAACGCUACUGGAGGACAUCACAAAACUUGUGCAGGAGCUUGUGAGCCCAACCAAACAACAAUCCAAGCGGCUAAAGGCUUUCAAGAACGGGAGCAUCCACGAGGCAGCGUUGGGAAGAAGUGGCCUCAUGAUCCGCGGAGACGAUGAUCUGUUGCGCUCACUCCAAGACGACAAGUCUAAACUCGAAAGCAAGCUCAAGACCGCAGAAAGCCGUGUGCGGCGCCUCGAAGAUUUGCUGCACCGACAAAGCCAGGCGUCUCGGCAUGGAAACCUCUUUCAGCCUCCGGUAAUGCAACCACAGGAGCGUCCAGGCUCCAGCGCAUCAAUCAGAUCAAACCGCAUUGAUGAUCGCAGAAGAUCCUCCGAUGGCGCUGAUCCUCUCCUGCGGCGUAUUGCGCAGCUCGAGAACGAUUUACGCGAAGAGAAACAACGCUCGACUAAUCUCCAAAAAGAUGCCGAUGCCAAGUCCACGCAACACAACGAGAUCCAACGCCAGAUGGACGAAGCCAACUCUACCAAGAAGGAUCUUAUGGAGAAUAUGGAAGCACUCAAACGCGAGUUUAUGGACGAGCGCAAGUCUCUGGAAGACGAUAUAAAAGGCCUCAAGGCUCGUUUGGAAGAAACCGAAGACGAUAUUGAGCACUUUGGAGAAUCCCGCGAAAACGAAAAGGCCUCGUACGACGAAAAGAUGCAGGCCCUUGAGGACGAGGUGCAGCGACUAAAGAAGGAGCACAACGACGAAAACCUCAAAUCACAAGGUCAGGUUGAGUUUCUGCGCAAAGAAGCUCAGCUACAGCGUGAGAAGAUGGACGCUUCGGAUCGACUUGUGCAGACCACCAAAGAGGAGCACCAUAGUAUCACUCGCAAGCUGCAGGAGGCGGAAGACACGGCAGAGAAGCAGGUCGAGCUUCUGAGGAAACUUCAUCAAGACAUGGCCCCUGACAGUGAAACACCCAAAGAUGUCAUGGAUCUGACGGAAGCUGUUACUAACUACGCUGCCGAUCUGCUGAGCAAACUUCAAGGUGCUGAAAGCGAGGCCUCGGUGCUCAAGACGGAUCUGGAACAGGCUUCGAACGGCACCAGAAAACUUCGCUCCGAGCUGGCCGAAACUAGGCUGACGCUUGCUCAAGAGGAAAUGGCCGCGAUGCAUCUUCGUGAGAACCUCGCCGAAGAGAAAGCCAAGGUCACUGCUCUGGAAGGCGAGCUCAAUGUGGGCAGGGAGCAGCUUAGCACGCUGCGCAGCCAGCUCUCGGACGGCGAAACCGGCUCGGAUACACUGCAGAAGAAGCUGGAAGCUACCGAACGCAAGGUGUCUGAGUUAACCGAGGAUCUAGCCUCUCGGCAUUCGCGCGUUGGAAGUCUCGAGGAGGAAGUUGAAAUGUUCAAAACAAAGAUUGAGUCUUUGCAAGACAAGUUCUCGCUGUCAACAAAUCAUCACGAGGCCCGAGACGAGAGAACAAAGGAUUUGACUCAGAGAGUGUACUCCCAGAACGACCGCCUUACCCGUCUCCUGGAGCGCAUCGGCUAUUCUGUGGCGCGCGAUGGCUCUGAAAUGACUGUGACCAAAAUUCCGCGUGCCGAGAGGCAGAGCCAGAGUCAGAGCGCACUCGACUUGUCUGACCCCUCAUCAUCUGUCAAGCGGUCGACGAGUCUCAGCAAGCCCAUGAAUGAGAGCGCUGAUCUUGACCUUAUCUACUGGAUGAACAACAGUGAUGCCGCGGCCGAAGAACAAAAGUACUUCUCUUUCAUGCAAUCGCUCGGGUCAUUCAACAUGGAAUUGUUUGCCGAUACAAUCUAUCACAGAAUUAAAGAGGCCGAGCACAAGGCUCGCAAGUGGCAGCGUGAAGCCAAGACGUACCGCGACAGAGCUCACAUCCAUCAGAGGGACGCUGGCGACAAGAUUGCCUACAGACACUUUAAGGAAGGCGACCUUGCGCUAUUUCUGCCGACGCGUAACCAGCAGGCGGGAGCCUGGGCUGCAUUCAACGUAGGCUUCCCGCAUUAUUUCUUGCGCGAGCAAGAUUCGCACAAACUUCGACACCGAGAGUGGCUGGUGGCUCGCAUCACUCGCAUCCAGGAAAGAGUGGUUGACCUAUCAAAGAGCCUGACUGGAAGCAACGUGGGCAAUGUCAUUAACGAUGAGGAGAAUGACAACCCGUUCCAGCUCUCUGAUGGCCUGCACUGGUACCUCAUUGACGCACAAGAGGAUAAGCCUGGUGCGCCCACAACACCCGGUAUGGGCAAGUCCACAGUCGCCGCCAAUAACGUGGAGGCGACGGCGAACAUCCAGUCACAGUCGGUCCGCGCCAAGGGCAAGAAUCGUGACAGCAUCAGCAGCAUCGAGGGCAUCAACAAGACUCUGUCGAAGAGCCUCGAGAGCCGCCGCAGCAGCUCUAACUCGAAGAAGACGCCGUUUCCCAUUGCUGGCGGGGCAGCGCUUCUUAGAGGCAGCGCGCUGGCCAGCGAGACAGACUCUCUUCGAGCGACGGCACCGGAAACACCAGCCGGCACCAGCCCGACUCAGCCGUCGCCGCUGGGUGCCAUGGUGGCAAAGCAGCACGCUGAAGAGGGAGCGACUGACGCGGGCGAGGGGGCAUCAGGGGCAGCCGAGACUCGAAGCAAUGUACAGCGAGAAGAAUCGACGGAGAGCACUGACAAGAAGUCCAUGGUGUGGGAUCCACUAUGGAGUGUGGACUACAGCUACGAGAGUCCAAAGAAGUAG